GCGAUCGGGGCGCAUGCGUACACUGCCUGACAGCGCGCGGAGGGAAAAAUCCGCGAGACCGCGGCGGGAGAAGAUGGCGGUGCUGGAGAAGAGUUUGCAAUCUUUGUGACUAGGCGAGUCGGGUAACUGUUCCGGCCAUGGCGUCAAACUCAACCAAGUCUUUUCUGGCCGACGCCGGCUAUGGCGAACAGGAGCUGGACGCUAACUCUGCUCUUAUGGAACUGGACAAAGGCCUGAGGUCUGGCAAACUCGGGGAGCAGUGUGAGGCAGUUGUCCGCUUCCCUAGGCUUUUCCAGAAGUACCCCUUCCCCAUUCUCAUCAAUUCAGCAUUCCUAAAGUUAGCUGAUGUUUUCAGAGUUGGAAACAACUUCCUGAGGCUCUGUGUUCUCAAAGUGACCCAGCAAAGUGAAAAGCACCUGGAGAAGAUUCUAAAUGUGGAUGAAUUUGUGAAGAGGGUUUUCUCGGUGAUUCACAGUAAUGAUCCUGUGGCAAGAGCUAUCACUCUCCGGAUGUUGGGAAGUCUGGCAUCAAUCAUCCCUGAGAGGAAGAAUGCCCAUCACAGUAUUCGACAGAGUUUGGAUUCCCACGAUAACGUAGAAGUUGAAGCUGCUGUUUUUGCAGCCGCGAACUUCUCUGCACAGUCGAAGGAUUUUGCUGUAGGAAUAUGUAACAAAAUCAGUGAAAUGAUUCAAGGCUUAGCUACACCAGUGGACCUGAAGCUGAAGCUCAUCCCCAUCCUGCAGCACAUGCACCACGAUGCUAUCCUGGCCUCCAGUGCCCGCCAGCUCCUGCAGCAGCUGGUCACGUCCUACCCCUCCACCAAAAUGGUCAUUGUGUCCUUGCACACUUUCACACUGCUUGCAGCCUCCUCUUUGGUUGACACACCCAAGCAGAUCCAGCUUCUGUUGCAGUAUUUGAAGAAUGACCCUAGGAAAGCAGUGAAGAGACUUGCUGUGCAGGAUCUGAAGCUACUUGCUAAUAAGACACCACACACCUGGAGUAAGGAGAAUAUUCAGGCACUCUGUGAAUGUGCCCUCCAGACUCCUUAUGAUAGCUUGAAACUAGGGAUGCUGUCUGUUCUUUCCACGCUAUCAGGGACCAUCGCCAUCAAACAUUACUUCAGUGUAGUUCCAGGAAAUGUAGGUUCUUCCCCCAGAUCUUCCGAUUUAGUCAAAUUAGCCCAAGAGUGCUGUUACCAUAGCAACAGGGGCAUCGCAGCUCAUGGAGUGAGAGUGCUAACUAAUAUAACCGUAUCUUGUCAAGAGAAAGAUCUCUUGUCACUGGAGCAAGAUGCUGUCUUCGGCCUGGAAUCCCUUCUGGUGCUUUGUAGUCAGGAUGACAGUCCAGGUGCUCAGUCCACUGUGAAGAUUGCUCUCAACUGUAUGGUGAAGCUGGCCAAGGGCCGGCCCCAUUUGAGCCGGUCAGUGGUUGACACUCUGCUGACUCAGCUGCACAGUUCUCAGGACACUGCCCGGAUCCUCAUGUGCCACUGCCUGGCAGCCAUUGCCAUGCAGCUGCCAGUCCUCGGUGAUGGAAUGCUUGGUGACCUCGUGGAGCUCUACAAGCUGAUUGGACGAUCAGCCACAGACAAGCAACAGGAACUUCUGGUAAGCUUGGCUACUGUGAUUUUCGUAGCCAGCCAGAAAGCGUUGUCUGCGGAAGUAAAGGCAGUAAUCAAGCAGCAGCUUGAGAGCGUCUCCAGUGGCUGGACAGUGUACCGGAUUGCCAGGCAGGCUUCCAGAAUGGGCAACCAUGACAUGGCCCGUGAGCUCUACCAGAGCUUGCUGACUCAGGUUGCAUCCGAGCACCUCUACUUCUGGCUGAACAGUCUGAAGGAGUUCUCACACGCCGAGCAGUGUCUGACCGGGCUACAAGAGGAGAGCUUCAGUUCAGCGCUUGGUUGCAUUGCUGAGUCUUUGAAAUUCUACCACAAAGGGAUUGCCUCCUUAACAGCUGCCAGCACACCACUGAAUCCUUUAAGUUUUCAGUGUGAAUUUGUAAAACUCAGGAUUGAUCUUCUCCAGGCCUUCUCGCAACUUAUCUGUACUUGUAACAGCCUAAAGACAAGCCCUCCCCCUGCAAUCGCCACCACAGUUGCCAUGACCUUAGGAAAUGACCUUCAGAGGUGCGGCCGGAUCUCCAGUCAGAUGAAGCAAUCCAUGGAAGAAUUCCGAAGCCUUGCUUCCCGGUACCGAGAUCUCUAUCAGGCGUCCUUUGAUGCCGACUCAGCAACUCUGAGGAACGUAGAACUACAGCAGCAGAGCUGCUUACUGAUGUCUCAUGCCAUAGAAGCCCUGGUUUUGGAUCCAGAGUCAGCAAGCUUCCAGGAGUAUGGAUCCACUGGGGCUGCCCACGCUGACAGUGAAUAUGAGAGAAGAAUGAUGUCCGUGUACAAUCAUGUCCUAGAAGAGGUGGAGUCGCUCAACAGAAAAUAUGCCCCUGUUUCCUACAUGCACACAGCAUGCCUCUGCAACGCCAUCAUCGCUUUGCUGAAAGUUCCUCUUUCAUUUCAGAGAUACUUUUUCCAGAAACUGCAGUCCACCAGCAUCAAGCUUGCUCUGUCGCCAUCUCCCCGGAACCCCGCGGAGCCCAUUGCUGUACAGAACAACCAGCAGCUGGCGUUGAAGGUGGAAGGUGUUGUUCAGCAUGGGUCUAAACCAGGACUCUUCCGCAGAAUUCAGUCUGUGUGUCUGAGUGUCUCUUCCACGCUGCAGAGCAAACCUGGCCAAGACUACAAGAUUCCCAUUGAUAGCAUGACCAAUGAGAUGGAGCAGAGGGUUGAGCCGCAUAAUGACUACUUCAGCACCCAGUUUCUGUUGAACUUUGCCGUCCUUGGAACACACAGCAUUACAGUGGAGUCCUCGGUGAGAGACGCCAACGGCAUUGUGUGGAAGACCGGCCCCAGAACCACCAUGUUUGUCAAGUCCCUGGAGGACCCCUAUUCCCAGCAGAUUCGCCUACAGCAGCAGCAAGCUCAGCAGCCGCCACAGCCACAGCCGCAGCCACAGCCGCAGCCUCGCAGUGCCUACACCCGGUUUUAAGUGUGCUCCAAACACACUGCACAGCCAUCAAAGUGCAAGAAGAGUCUGUGUCUUCAUGUGCAUUAAGUGUAAAGGUCACAGUGUGAAAUCCAUCACUCACUAAUUUCUGUAGUGUGGCGUUCUGGAGAUGUUUAAGAAAUCACCUGGCUCUCAUCCAGAGGAUGACAUCUUUUCAUUUCUUAAACCCAGUCUUCUGCCUCACACUUAGCAUUUUAGUUGUAUUGUUCUUUCUGAUUGGUGAGCUUUUCUUUCAAGAAUAGUCACAGAUCAUUGGUAGAUUUGACUGUAUCUCUACCAGAAUUAUUGUGCUAACUGGCCCAGACCUGGAGUUCUGAGACAGGCAGUGGGAAGUCCUGUCCAGUGUGUGCCCGGUUCAUCCAGGGCUGGAGAAUGAGGCCUUCAAAAGGGACUGGAAUUCUGUGGCACCUGCCUUCUAGACUGUGUGAGCCUGUGUCCACAGGUAUGGCAUCCUGCUACAUCGGUGCCACCUUUUGUCUGUCUCCUGUGCUAAAGCAAUGCUCGUUUAUUGUUUUGGUCUUUAAUUGACCUAAAAUUUAAUUUCUAUGUAGCAACUAGCAGCUAUAUAGAAAAGUUGGAAAUGAAUAGUAUGUUGUUUUUUUUCUGUCAUGUGACUGUCAUGUAGACUUUUUACAUUGUUUCUAGACGUGAAAGUGGCUUGAUAAAAUGUCUUCAUCUUUGAUUUAAAAGGGACAGAUCCUUCCCUCUGAUUUCUACUGGACGAGUUACGGACUCUGCACUUGAUGUCUAGACAGCAGUCUCCGUGGCUGGGAUGCUCAGCUGGGAUGCUCAGGAAGCAGAGAUUUAUGGUUAGACAGAAAAGCCCUUUUUCUAUUUCAGUCCUGGUUGAAAACGAUAUGACAACAUACUUGUCCUUUUGUAAGUGCUCAGUGCUCGGAGACCACAGUUAGUAGACAGCAUGACCAGAGCGUGGCCAGUAGCCAGUGGGCGGGGUGCAGUGCCGUGAUGAGGGCAUGAGCCCCGGAUCCCUGUGUCAAUAAAUCUCUUCAUUUCUA